AUGCGUCGAUUUUAUUCUAGUUUUGUGCCCCGAAUCAAAUUCCCCGAGUAUAAUAUACCUUUGACCGAUUUUAAAGGACAUCAACAGCGAGCCAUCCACCGAUUUUAUGAGCUUUUACCGCAAUUGAACUUGUUGUUAGAAUUGAGAGACAGUAGGGCUCCUGUGAGUACACGAAAUGCAUUAUUUGAUGCGUUGAUGGUGAGCAAUGGUGCGCAGCAACGGCUUCAGCGACUUGUUGUGUAUACGAAAGUGGAUCAGUGUUCACCAGCGACGUUAAACAGACUUCGACAUUGGCAUACGCAGAUGGGGGAUCAGUUUAUGGCGUUGGAUUGUCGACACGCAGGUCAGGUGCGGAACUUGACCAGGAUCUUGGAACACAACUACGACGCGGUUGCUGCGGGCGGUUCUGUCGGUGCGACAGCGCUUCCGCUUGGUUAUAGAAUGCUUGCAGUGGGAAUGCCGAACGUGGGUAAAUCCACACUGCUCAACACGCUUCGUUACGUGUCGAACCACGCCCAGGGCAACCGCAAAGUUGCUAAGACCGGAGGCCAGGCCGGCGUUACCCGUAAAGUAAGCGAAUGCGUUCGUAUUGGCAACCAUCGUGCGGGCUUGUUCCUAUACGACGCUCCUGGUGUCUCAUUACCAGCGCGCGUCGCAACUCGCCAACGCAUGCUCGCACUCAGUCUGUGCGGCUGCGUCAAGAGCAAUCGCGUCGAUCCGGUCAUCCAAGCCGACUACCUGUUGUACUUGCUCAACCUACAGGCUCCCGAGUCGUAUACACACCUCACGGGCGGAAAACGCACAAACGACGUGAAUCGAGUGCUUGCAGGCAUUAAGCGCUCCCACCGCAUUAUCAGUGACACCGGUGCUGCAGUAUAUUGGCUUGAAAAAUGGCGUCAAACCGCUCCAAACACACCGAGAAUCUCGUUCGACAUCGAACCUUUACUGAACGACCAAGAAUUCGAUUACCGCAGGCUAGUCGACACGGAACGAUCCCUCAUAGACCCCUGGUUGCGCGGGCGCACCGAUCAAACCCGGUCCCGAAAUCACCACAAGGCCCAUAAUAGCAAUCAACUAUUUGGCCUUUAA